CAAUAUUAGUGAAAUUUCGGUGCGCGCAGCACGUUUUUUUUUUUUUACUGUACUCAAAGCACCGUAGUUGGAAAACCACCCUUCCAUUUACAGGAAAAUCACCCUUCCAUCGUAGGAUUGUAAAAACCAGCAGCCGCCGAUCUACUUCGACGCGCCGCUCUGUUUCUCCGCCGUCACUCAUUGAGGUUGCCGACACCGUUCUGCCCAAGUCCCUUUGUCGUUGUUCUCGGUUGACAUGUAUUAGCCAAUAGCCAUGAAGGUGCGAUCAUCAGUGAAAAAAAUGUGUGAGUUCUGCCGUACAGUCAAACGACGUGGGCGAGUAUAUAUCAUAUGCUCAGCUAGUCCUAAGCAUAAGCAACGACAGGGCUUAUGGACAUUUGCAUAUGAUGGAUCAGUGCCUAGCACGUCUAUAGUGUCAAGUACGAAUCAGAUGUCACCCAGCAACAGCAUCACCAGUGGUCUGCCUUCCCUUAUAUCCAAAAAUAUUGAAGUAUCAGUUACACCAUGGUGGAGAAGGGGUCUAGCUUCUAUUCUGCUCAAUCAGGAGGGCGGUAAGCAGUAGGAAAGACAACACAAGAAAUGUUUUCUGGUUUCUGAAUGUAUGUGUUUCCAUUCCAAUAGCUUACGGUUCAUGUUGUUUUCCUUGUGAACCUGGAUUAUCCAGCUAUUUUAGUUGGUGAUUGUCGGCCGUGAGUAACUAUGUUUUUAUCUUCCCCAUCUUUGGCGUGCUUCUGGACAUGCUCAAAAACUCUUUUAGUGGGUCAUAAACAACAUUUGUGCAAAUGUCAAAUGUGUUGAGCAUAAUUGGGCUUCCAUUUUCCCGCUUUUAGUAGAUGGUACAUGAAAAUCUGAUCUUACUGUUUUAAGUUUUACUGUGUAAUAUUGGGAUGCUUUGUUUAAGGUAAUGUUGACAACCAUCAAACACAUACGAGAUCCAAAUUGUUUCCAUGUGAAACUUAUGUUAUUUUAGAAUUGAAUAAGAAGCUAACUUGAUUGCAUGCA